AUGUUGACAUUUAGCCUCAUCAUCUCUUGUUUAACAUUUUCCAGCUUGCCGCCAUGUUCCAACUCUGAUGGUAUUCCUAUUGCGAACAGUAGUUGGCUGACGGUCGGGGCCCACCUGUCGCCCAUGGGACACCCUACCGGGCGAGGCCACCACGAAUUUCACUUUUUGAAGAGUCUUCAAUCUCACUACUCAUCCAUAUGUACUGUUGCAGUAGAUCCUAAUGAAGGCAUGCUGCACACAUUCAAGGGUAGAGUUGCUACAUUGAAUUUUGAUGAUAAAUCGUCUUGCCAUUGGUUCACUGGUCCGUUGUCACAAUUCGUUGCUGAAAGCCCCUUGGCGGGAAACAAGUACAACCUCAUCAGCUCUAUUCAUUCGCUCUACUACACGGGUGACUUUGAGACAACCUUCACCCAACUAGCAUCCAUGAUGAAAGAUAAGGGUCUCAUGAUCAUCGUUUGUCAAAACGAUUGCCUGAUCUCGAAAACAUUCCACAAGUUAACAUGGCUGACAGAAAGCACUCAAUCCAAUGCACGACUUUCUUCAAAGAAUGUUCGAGAUUUCGCACAAAGUCAAGGAUAUGAUGUCAUCACUGUCGAUAUACCUGUACAUUGGGACAUCACCGAAGUGUUUGAUGACCAGUCAGACUUUGGAAACAAACUCCUCGACUUCUUCACCAUGGCGGCGUACCUUCGACAGACCGCGCCGGCUGAGUUGGUCGAUGAUCUGAUGAGCUUUUGGCGUUCUAUUUCGACCGAAGAUAAAAAUAGACGUAUGAUAGCACCCGCCCGUGAAGCAAUACUUCUCAUCUCAAAAUAA